AUGGGACAACUGGUGCAACGGGAGCCACAGGUGCUACUGGUCCUACAGGAAACACUGGAAAUGAUGGUGCCACUGGUGCUACUGGGGCAACGGGAUCAACUGGUUCUACUGGGUCUACUGGAACAACUGGCGCAACUGGUGGAACAGGCGCUACUGGGCCUACAGGAUCUACUGGAACUACAGGAUCAACUGGUCCUACAGGUGCCACCGGACCUACAGGUGCAACUGGAUCGACCGGAGCAACUGGGUCUACUGGUCCAACAGGCAAUACUGGUCCAACAGGAGCUACUGAAUUAUGAGUUCUUAACAGGUGCGACAGGAACUACAGGCCCUACUGGCAGCACAGGACCAACAGGUGCUACUGGAGCAACAGGCACUACAGGUCCCACGGGUGCAACUGGUUCAACAGGGUCUACGGGAGCUACGGGUGCCACUGGUGCUACUGGAUUGGCUGGAGCAAAUGGAACAACAGGAGCCACUGGGCCAACAGGUAGUACGGGCAGCACUGGAAAUACUGGGCCUACCGGUUCUACUGGACCAACAGGGGCUACAGGACCUCAAGGCCAGACUGGAUCAACAGGUACAACUGGGUCCACUGGAGCCACUGGUCCAGUUGGUGAAACGGGUGCAACAGGAGCUACGGGGAAAACUGGAGCAGAAGGACCUACAGGAGCAACUGGGCCAACUGGUGCUACGGGUGCCACUGGAGCAACUGGAUCUACAGGAGCUGGUGGCGCAACAGGUGCUAAUGGGACAACUGGUGCAACAGGACCCACUGGAGCGACGGGGUCAACUGGCAGCACAGGAAGCACUGGCGCUACUGGCAGUACAGGUUCAACUGGAACGACAGGAGCAACUGGACCAACUGGACCAACUGGUGCAACUGGACCUGUUGGUCCCACUGGUGAGACUGGUGCAUCUGGCAUAAAUGGAAGUACUGGGGCCACAGGACCUCAGGGGAAUACUGGAUCAACAGGGAGCAUAGGUGCAACAGGGGGGAGUGGACCAACAGGAGCAACAGGUGCUACUGGAUCAUCUGGUGCAACUGGAAGUACUGGCCCAACUGGCAACACUGGAGUCACAGGUCCUACUGGUGCAACAGGUGCUACAGGUCCUACUGGUGCCACAGGUACCACAGGUCCUACUGGUGGAACAGGUGCCACAGGGGCUACAGGGCAAACAGGACCUACAGGACCUACAGGGGCAGAAGGCCCAACUGGUGCAACAGGAGGAACAGGGCUCACUGGACCAACUGGUGCUACUGGAUCAACAGGAUCAGUUGGUGCUACAGGAUCUGAAGGACCAACUGGUGCCACUGGUUCAACAGGUUUAGUGGGAGCAACUGGUUCAAAUGGAACGACUGGUCCGACUGGUGCUACUGGGCCUACAGGAUCAACUGGUGCAACAGGCCUUACAGGUCCUACAGGUGCUACAGGUCCAACAGGUGCCAUGGGACCAACAGGUCCUACAGGUGCCACAGGAACGACAGGAAACACAGGUGCGCAACGGGGCCAACAGGAGCAACAGGUUUUACUGGUGCUACAGGGCAAACUGGAGCUACCGGCCCGACUGGAGCUACAGGACCUACUGGGCCCACGNACUGGUUCAAAUGGAACGACUGGUCCGACUGGUGCUGCUGGGCCUACGGGAUCAACUGGUGCAACAGGCCUUACAGGUCCUACAGGUGCUACAGGUCCAACAGGUGCCACGGGACCAACAGGUCCUACAGGUGCCACAGGAACGACAGGAAGCACAGGUGUGACAGGGCCAACAGGAUCCACAGGUCCAACUGGGCCCACAGGGCCAACAGGGUCUACUGGUGUAACAGGUUACAAUGGUUCAACAGGCGCAACGGGGCCAACAGGAUCAACAGGUUUUACUGGUGCUACAGGGCAAACUGGAGCUACCGGCCCGACUGGAGCUGCAGGGCCUACUGGGCCCACAGGAAGCACAGGACCUACUGGAGCGACUGGAAGCAUAGGACCUACAGGUCCAACUGGGCUUACUGGUGCAAGUGGGGUCAAUGGAACAAAGGGUUCAACUGGAAUGACCGGUGCAGAAGGUCCUACGGGUGCAACAGGUCCAACAGGCGAAACCGGGGCAACAGGUGCAACAGGGGCAACUGGUUCCACAGGAGCUACAGGAUUUACUGGAAGUACUGGAGUAACUGGAGCAACUGGGUCUACAGGAGCCACUGGACAAACAGGUGCAACAGGGGCUACUGGCGCCACAGGACCAACUGGUUCCACAGGUGCAACAGGAUCAACAGGACCUACAGGUGGCACUGGUCCAACUGGUGCCACUGGUCCAACAGGUGUCACUGGAAAUGUAGGUGCUACAGGCGCUGUUGGUGCUACGGGUGGGACAGGUUCAACUGGUGUAACUGGAUCAACUGGAGCUACAGGCGCCACUGGACCUACAGGGGCAACAGGAGCAACGGGGCCAACUGGUGACGUAGGGCCAACUGGAUCUACUGGGGGAACGGGACAAACGGGGGAAACAGGUCCACAGUAUCUAGACGACAACGAGUGCCUAGUAUCCAAUGGUAAUUGUGACCAUGACUGUAUCAAUACUAUUGGCGCAUAUUUUUGUACCUGUCGCCACGGUUUCCAGCUUAUCCCAUCUAAUGAAACUUGUAACGCUCAAGGAGACGAGAUGCAAUGCAUAGAAGUAAUUAAUGGGUUGCCUAUGUGUGUUUGCAUCAAAGCCGACGGUACAAGAAAACCUUUGAAUGGCACAGCAUGUGAAGACACAAAUGAAUGCGAAAUCGACCACGGAGGAUGCCAACAUAUUUGUAAUAACACAGUUGGAGGAUUCGAGUGCAAGUGUUUUGAAGGGUACCUAAGAAGUAAUGACACAAAAGAAUGUAUAGAUAUAGACGAGUGCUUUUCAACAGAGAAUGCCACGCUAUGUGGGGAUGACAACGUGAAGUGCAUCAACACCCCAGGCAGUUAUUCUUGUUUUAGGCUGGAAGUGUUCUUCAUCCUUAAUGCAGGACUAAAUGAAAUGGAAACCGGCUUGGGAAAUGCUGCGGCCUCCCUGAACAAGACUAGGGUUCACGUUGAUAAUAUACGCAAUAAUGUCACUGCGUUGACAGGGUGGAUAGCAGGAAUCUCUUGCUUACUCUUCGUAGCUAUCGCCGGCGGGUUCGGCGUCUGGCGCUGGUACAAUUUCAGCUAUAAAAGGAGGAAAAACAAAAAUGGCGCCAAAUCAUUAGUGGGUCUGUCUUCAUUCACAAGCUGUAUGGAAACCUACUUGCCUGAUGAUAUGGACUUAAUGUCGAAACUUGGCAGCGAUUUCAAAGUUCCCGGAGCUAAACUUUACCCUCCACCGCAUUCGCUUACAAGCAGCCCGUAUCAGUUGAAUUGCCCUGGGGAAGCCAGCAGCUUCCCAACUUCCAUGGAGAAUAUAGACUUAGAGAAGGGGUGUACCAGGCAGACACGCUAAAGCGUAUAACAACCAUUCCUAUCUUGCCUGAUAGAAACUUUUAAAAAACAGUAAGCUUAGGCUGGUAUGUUUGUGCAUGCGGGGAAGAAGUGUUGAAACAUUUUACACUAACGUAAAGGGCUAAGACAAGUGAAAUGCACUUUUAAAAGAAAACCAUCCGAUCUUAUUGGUAUUCAAAGGUUAGCAUGUAGACACCCGUUUAUUCACCACCGGGCUUUGUGCAUAUUUAAUCUCGAGCAAUUUUUUUUAUUGUUAUUUUUUGCCGUGAAAGACAUUUUUGUAUAUGACGUGUAAAUAAGAUUAUUUGAUGCAGACAUUAAAUGAUUGCAUCAUUUUGUUAGAAAAUGUGUUUAUUAUUCACUGAAUAUAGUAUAAAUC